AAAAAAAAAAACUCUGCACCACCGCGCGCACGAGAGCAGCGAUUUUCAUCACCGGCUGGAGCAGAAAUAGAUCCGAUCAGAGAAGAUCUGGAGGCAUGUCGGCAGAAAAACACGGGCUCGAUGACUCCGGACGUCAGGCCAUGCAGCCUCCUCCGUACCUCCCUGCCCCACAGGACCCCAACGUGCCCCAGCAGCACCCCGGCAUGACCCCCGCGCCGGGCACUCAGCCCAACUACCCUCCUCCGCCGCCGCCCCCGGGCUCAGAGGGGUACCUCCAGGAAACCCAGUUCCACUGCGGCCCGCUGGGGCCCCCCGGGGCCCCGCAGGGCUACACCGUGCAGACCCAGGGCCCCGGCGGCACCAUGCCUCCCCCGCCCGUGGGGUACCUCCACCCGGGAUACCCGCUUCAGCUGCAGCCCUGCACCGCCUACGUGCCCGUCUACCCCAUGGCUUCGGGGCAGCCCUACAUGCCGGCUGGAGGAACUCACCCGGGGAUCCCGCCCGGACAGAUUCACCCCAUGCAAAUGCCCCCCAGCAUCACCCUGAUGGACCGCCGGCCGCCGCACGACUACCUGCCCAUCGCCGUGCUCACCACCGUCUGCUGCUUCUGGCCCACGGGCAUCAUCGCCAUCAUCAAAGCCGUGCAGGUGCGCACGGCGAUAGCCAGAGGCGACAUGGUGACGGCGGAGAUAGCUUCCCGCGAGGCGCGCAACUUCUCCUUCAUCAGCCUGGCGGUGGGCAUCGCCUCCAUCGUGCUGUGCACCAUCCUCACCGUGGUCGUCAUCAUCGCCUCGCAGCACCACGACGACGACUGGGAGCCCUAACUCCGCCACUCGCCUCCCGACGGGACGCCCG